CUCUCGGCUUACAGUUGAUGCUCAGUUGAGGGUCAGCAGUGUUACCGUGCAGUUGAAGCAUAAUUCAACGUAUUCACAUCAUUAAAAACAUAUUACGCGCGUUGUAUUUUGUGAUUGAUAACAAAAUGGUUGUUGGUAAAUUGUACAUGUUAGACUUAAGCCCACCGGUGAGGGCCGUGUUGUUGGUAGAAAAAGCACUGGGAAUUGAAUUGGAACAUAUUAACGUUGAUUUAAUCAAAGGCGAACAAAAAACAGCCGAAUAUGAAAAGUUAAACCCACAACAUACAAUUCCACUUUAUAUUGAUGGAGAUGGUACUAUUGUUUGGGACAGCCACGCUAUCCUGGCUUACCUUGUCGGGAAAUACGGCAAAAAUGAUUCUUUGUACCCAAAAGACCUUGCAAAACGCGCUGUGGUUGAUCAACGCCUUCAUUUUGACAGUGGUAAUGUCUUCGCUAAUCUGCGUGCUAUUGUUUUUCCAAUGUGGACUGCCGGUGAGAAGGGUCCCAACCAAAAGCAGAUCGAAACCGUGAACAGCCAAUACGACUUUCUCAACAAGUUUCUCGCCGGCAAGCCGUGGAUGGCCGGUAAUUCAGUGACCAUCGCUGACUUCAGCCUCAUUUCGUCGAUUUCAUCUCUCUUGCAUGUGGUACCAAUUGAUUCACAGUAUGCUGACUUGUUGGCUUGGGUAAAACGUUGUGAGCAAUUACCUUAUUACGAAGCCAAUGGUAAAGGCGCUAGGGCUUUCAAAGAAUUUGUUAAACCAUGGCUUCUAUAAUAAUCAUUCAAUUUUCGUAUGUUUUGUGCCACCGUUCUUUAAAACUUUUAUGCACAGUGAGUGCAUUAGGAUAUUUGUAUUGUUGAAGAAAGUGAUAUUCUAAAA